ACCUCAAAUUUCACCGCCGAUUGACAGUUCUAGUUCUAACUUGAAUUUUGGUAUGAUAAAAGUUAUUCAUGUUUUUGUGUAAUACCUUCAAUCGAAAAUUAUUCAAUAAUAAAUAAAUUAAACAAUGUCAAAUUACGAUGCAUAUGAUUCCCCAUCAAGACCUGACCCUAAUUGUCGUUCGUGCACUGAUUUCAAGACAUGGUCACGGAAACAACGUGAAAUAACCAAGACACCAAAAAAUAAGGUUGUAGAAGGACAUAAAGAAGAGAGUGAUCAUAGUCUAAUAGCACCUAACAAUUGUCCACUGGACAAAGACAGCUUGGGACAAAGUACUUGGGGACUUUUGCAUACAAUCGCAGCUGUGUACCCAACAAAUCCUACAGACAGUCAAAAACAAGAUGUUAAACAAUUUUACGAUUCGCUAUCUCGAAUGUAUCCUUGUGAAGUUUGUGCCAAGGAUUUUCAAAAGGACUUAAAAGACAAUCCAGUUAAUGCCAAUUCUCAGGCGAAAUUAUCGCAAUGGUUGUGUAAUUUUCACAAUCGUGUUAAUGAAAAACUGGGAAAACCCCUGUUCGAUUGUAGCAAAGUUAAUGAACGAUGGAGAGAUGGAUGGAAAGAUGGAUCUUGUGAUUGAAACUUGAUUCAAUUUUCAUAUUGGUUUUUGUAGAUUGUUAAAAUGUUUUGUUAAUUUAUGAUAAAAAAAUA